GUGAAACCAAGAAUAAUAAGCAUAGAGAAUGGUGGAAAUGGAGUUUGACUUUACCCAAAUCCAUGCAAGAAUUUCAUGCAGAUUUCUUCAACGCCUGGGCCCCUCCCCCCACAAAUAACUGCGACUCCUUUGUCUCUUUCCAUUAUUAAUAAUACAUGGAAAUCCGAUUCAAACUUUUGGACUUGGCAAUUUUAGUUUAUGUUUCUCUGAUCAAGAUUGUGUUAUUAAUUAUAGAUUAAACCGACGUCACCUCUUUGACUGUUCCGUUUAUAAAGACUUAGACACAUUUCUUCGUUUUUGUGUUACGGCACAAGGAAGGAGAAGUUGAAUUGAACUACUCAAGUUACUUUCACCAAAUAUGGCAAGAGAAAAGAGGAGAGAAGAAUUGUACGUCACCGUGCCCAGCCUGUUCCGCUGCCCCAUUUCUAUGGACGUGAUGAAGUCUCCGGUGAGUCUCUGCACCGGCGUCACAUAUGAUCGGAGCUCCAUCGAGAAGUGGCUCGCUCUUGGCCACAACACAUGUCCGGCGACCAUGCAGACUCUGCCCUCCACCCAUACCACCCCCAAUCUCACCCUCCGCCGCCUCAUUCACCUCUGGCUCGCCCACGCGGAAGUAUCUCAAACGUCGCCGUCGUCUUCGUCGGCUAUCUCCAAGCAGCAAGUGGUUGAUAUCAUAAACGGUGAAUUUGACUCCGACUCUCUGGCGAAAUUGAUCGGUUUCAUGACGGCGUCGGAGGAGAAUCUGAAGUUUGUGGCGCUGUCGGAUGCUGCAGUUUCGAGAUUCCUUGAGGUACUUGCCAAGUCCGAUGAGAUUGGAAUUUGUGAGGUGAUUGUUGAGAUUUUGGAUUUGAUCUCGACGGAGAACGGAGUCAGGGAGAGAUUGAAUGAAGUGAUUUUGAAGAGUGGUGGUGGAAGAGAUUGCUUAUCGUCGUUCCUUAUGGUUUUACAGAAAGGAAGUAGGGAAUCAAAGGUAAAAUCUGCCAAGAUUUUGGAGCUGAUGGCGGUAAAUCUUGAAUCACAGCGCAGAAUCGCAGAAAAACAGGGGUUACUGCACCAACUGUAUAGUUUAUCAGCAGCCGAUACGGCGGUAGAAGCCGGCUUGUCAGCUAUGUUAGCUAUUUCAACCACCAGGCCAGUCAAGAAGGAGCUGAUCCGAUUGGGCAUAGUUAGAACCGUGGGGAAAAUCCUCUCCGGUUACGACUAUUCCUCUCCGGUUCGUAGGGUAAUUGAAAAGGGUUUGGCGAUGUUAGAAACGGUGGCGACGUGCACGGAGGGGAGGGGGGCGAUUAGCGAAGACGGGGAAUGUGUGGUGGAGAUCGUGAGGAGGCUGAUGAAGUGUUCAGGUGUGGCGACGGAGCACGGGAUAACGGUGCUCUGGAGCGUGUGUUGCUUGGCGCGGGACCCAUCAGCUCAAGAGAAAGUGGCGAAAGUGAACGGAUUGACCAAAGUACUACUGGUGAUGCAGAGUGAUUGCUCGGGAAGCACAAGGCAGAUGUGCGGUGAAUUGGUCAAAGUAUUGAGGGCGAAGAGUACUAAGUCCAAUCUGGCUCCUUACGAGACCAGGACCACUCACAUUACGCCUUAUUGAAUUCACUAACAAAUUCAUCAUUUUUUUGUUAUGAUUUGUAUUUUCUUUUAUUUUUAUAAGGUAAAGUUAGGUAGGUAGUUAUGCACAAAAACUAUUCAAAUUUUUGUAAAUGGUUGCACAGCCAGGUACAAAGCAUACAAAUCAAAAUGUUUCCAAACCAUACAUAUCAAUAUUUCUUUUCUACA